AGAUAAGUUGUCCAUAUUUUUUUAAAAAAAAUAUCAAGGAUCCAGAAAAUUGAUUCGUAUAUAUUUUUUUUUUGUGCAAUAUUAGAGAUCCGUUUUAGGAUUUAGUCUAUUUUUAGUUUUCUGAAGAUUAAAUAUUUAUACCGACUUUUUCAAUAAAAGCCCGGAUACAAUAUAAAGGAUUAACUAACAAUAACGGUUAUUUGAAAACCACGAUCCGAAAAUUUUAGUUUUUUUUUUAAUUUUAUUUUGUGAAGAUAAAAUGUGUAUACCAACUUCUUCGAUAAAACGCGGUUACAAUAUAAUGUAUUAACUAACAGUAACAGUUAUUUAAAAAAUAUCAAUUUUAAAAUUUUAAUUAAUUUUAAUUUUAUAAAAGAUGUUUAUACUGACUUCUUCAAUAAAAGACGCGGGUACAAUAUAAAGUAUUAACUAACGAUAACGGUUAUCUGAAAAAGUGUUAUACUAACCAAAUUUAAUUUAAUAUGCUAAGUUAUAAACCAAAAAAAAAAAACUAAUCCCCUCACAAUCUAAGCAAGCAUCCAAAAUACCCAAAAAAUCAUAAUUCGGACUCAAAAUUUGACUUUCUUUACCAAUAGAAAGACAAACAUCGAACUAAAUCUCUUAAAAAUUGACCAAACUCAGACUAAAUCAAAAAGACAUAAUAAUGUAUAACUGACGAAUCAAUAACCAAACUCCAAAAUGGUGUCUAGAAUCCAAAUCUAGUUAAUGCUGGUCUCCCUUUCCAAAUACUGCAUUCGCUAAGAAUAAGAAAAGCUCAUCGUCAUCAGUCACAAAGGGGUCUGGAAGAAACUUUAUUGAUUGCAGUCAAAUUAAAAAAAAAGGAGAGAGAAAGAACAUUAAUACACAACAGAACCGAACCUUUGAACAUUAAUCACUUCGAAACCAAUCACAUCCUCUUCCUUUUGCUCUGAUAUCGUUUGUACUCGCUUGUUUUGUUUUGGCCAUCGCCGAAUUCAAAUUCAAAGGCGUAGCUUACAACGAACUGAUUCCUUUCGUGUUUUGAUCAAUCGGUUGCUCUCGUAUCAAUCGUUAUUCUGUCCUCUUCCAUGGCUGCGCCGCCUCUGUCUCUGACUAAUAAGCCUGAGUUCUGGAACAGAAUGGAGGAAGUCACCCGUGAGAUUAUAGAGCAGGUUCAUCCAACACUUGCGUCCGAGGAUCGAAGAAGAGAUGUGACUGAUUAUAUGCAAAGACUAAUCAAAAUGACACUAGGAUGCGAGGUACAUGCUUUUGGAUCAGUCCCAUUGAAAACGUAUCUUCCUGAUGGAGACAUUGAUCUCACAGCUUUUGGUGGACCGUGGAACGAUGAUGAACUGGCCCAUAAAGUUUUGGCUGUGCUUGAGAAUGAGAGGGAGAAACAUAAUGUGGAUGCCCGGUUUAUAAUUAAGGAUGUGAAGUUGAUACGUGCUGAGGUUAAGCUUGUGACAUGUCUGGUGCAGAACCUUGUGGUUGAUAUCUCUUUUAAUCAGCUCGGUGGGAUUUCUACUCUAUGCUUUCUCGAGAAGAUGGAUCACCUCAUUGGAAAGGACCAUCUAUUCAAGAGAAGUAUCAUACUCAUCAAAGCUUGGUGCUUCUACGAGAGCCAUAUUCUCGGGGCUGUUCAUGGAUUGAUAUCCACAUAUGCUCUGGAGACUUUGGUCUUAUAUAUUUUCAAUCUCUUCCACUCAUCGCUGGAUGGUCCACUAGCAGUUUUAUACAAAUUCUUGGAGUAUUUCAGCAAGUUUGACUGGGACAAGUAUUGCAUUAGCUUGAGCGGUCCUGUCUGCCGUUCCUCUCCACCAGAAAUUGUUGUUGAUACUCCGGAAAAUGGCGGGCAAGAUCUACUGCUGACAAGUGAUUUUCUCAAUGACUGUCUGGUGAUGUACUGUAAUGUACCUUCACAAGGUUUAGAGACAAAUCCACGUGCGUUUCCAUCAAAGUAUCUUAAUAUAAUUGACCCGCUUAAAGAAAAUAACAAUCUUGGUCGCAGCGUGAACAAAGCUAACUUCAAUCGGAUACGAACUGCAUUCACAUUUGGUGCUCGUAAGCUUCGGCAAAUCAUCUUGCAGUCAGAGGAAGACAUAAGUUUUGAGCUUCGAAACUUCUUCUCGAACAUGCUACUACGUAAGCAUAGGAGUGACCAUCAUUCUCUCAAUCGGAUCGAAAACGGUGAAGUAUUAAAUGGAAACGUUGCGGAGAAACUGCACGAGAAUUCAUGUCUUGCUGAUUCUAGAAGAGUUAAAGAAGACAUGCAUGCCGGCACUCCAAAUGUUCUGGCUGACCUCACAGGGGAUAAUGACAGCCAGUUUUACAGUUUGGUAUAUGGACGCUGGCAGCUUGGUUAUGUCCAAAACGGUCCUAUGUCUCCACUAUGGACUCAGCUUCCGGAUAACAAUUCAUGGGAAGUGUUUCCACACGCACUGCCAUUCAUCCCGGAUAAUAGCGCUCAUGUCUUUCAUAUGAACCCUCAGAUGAUUCCAAAUGCUGAUUCUGGUCUCGAGGAAUUGACUAAGCAUCAAGAAACUGGGACAUACUUCUCCAAUAUGAACCAAUACGGGGAUAGACAACGGCUUAACAACGGCGGUAGCACGGCACAAUGGCCAUCAGAAAUGAAUUUCCGUGACGGAAACAGCCGUGAGCGACGACACCAUCAUCUUCAUCAUUAUCCCAACCAAACAAAUGGCUGUUGUGAUAUUAGUCAAGCUGGUAUACUUGGAAGCUUCUUUGGUACCAAUGGGUUUAUAAAUCAUCCAUGUGAGCCUCUACCAGCUGAAGUACGUGACCAUCCUGAGGGAAGCAAGCAAAGUGAUAUCGCAACAUCUAUACCUUCCUCCAUGCAGGAAGAUCGGGUAACAUGUAGGCAAUCAUACAAUUUGACGGAUGAUCAGGAGUUCCCUCCUUUGUAGCUCUGAUCUGAUCACAAAAAACUUGCUCGUUAGACCGGUAUAGGAACUGGUAUAGCUUUCUAACUUGUUUGUUUUGUUUCCUUAAGUUAUUCGUAUCCCAAAAAACAAAAAAAAAAAAACAAAAACAAAAAGAUGGAACUGAUUUGUUUUGGGUUAUGUUUAUUGUUUCCCUUUUUUUUCUAUAGAAUUUUAAUCUAUGUAACUAUUAUCAAAUCUCAAACUCUGGACAAAGCUAGCCUUGUUUACAAAAAAAAAAAAAAAAAAAACUCUGGACAAAGCUUUUGAAGAGCUUUGUACUUUAUACUUAGAGAGGUUUGCGAGUAUAUUAUAGCCUCUAAUUUAUAAGAUGUUUUUUUUUGGGUUAGCUUCAAGCCUCAACAUCAAUAGUCUACUCUGUUGAUGCCUUCGAAAUGCAUUUUUUUCUUCUUAGCGAUGAAAGAAAGUUAUUAAAGAUAUGGGUCCUUGUGUAAACUGUGUAUAUUUUGUAAAUGUGUAAACUGUGUAUAUUUUGCUAAAUAGAGUUUACCAAAAUGUGAAUGUCUUCUCUCUUUGAGUAAGAUAAACAAACUUUCAUUCUUGGGUUUUUUUUCUUCCGAGUCCGAAACAAAAUUCGAUUUAUUUAAACAAAAUAUAGAGUGAUAAUUUAAUAAUCAAAUAAUCAAAAGAAUUAUAAGAAAUGUCCGACUCCUAGACAAAGAUGGUUGUUUAUCUUCUCGUAUCAAACGUAGGGGCAGUUGAACAAUUCAAGAAAGGAGAAUGUAAAAGUUGCAACAAGGAAAUGGUUAUUAGAUAAUGUGAUUAGCAAUUUGACAAAACAUAUGAAUGAGUUUUAAGUUAUUUUGUUAUCAUUUAAUCAACUUUUACAAACAAUGUAGAAAAACGCAUUUAAAAGUUGUUGUAAACUGUAAAUAUUGAAUUGCAAUUUAUAGUGAAGUUAAACAAGAUUGGUUUGUCCCCAAAAAAACACACU